AUGAAUGGUGAUGAAUCAUGUCAAUCUAUAUACGCUAACAGGAGUAAAGAACGCUUCUCUGAUGACUCGACGGAAAGGAUGACCUUAGCACAUGAGGUUUCGGCCUCAGGAGGGUUGAGGGUUCUGGAAGAAGAGUCAGAAGGUUUCGUUCGAUUUCCUACAGCUGAAGAAAAGAGUCAAACUCACACUAGUCAACUCUCAGACGACUCACAUGAUUCAACAAUCAUCAAGAAUAAUACAGACAACUCAGAGAUUUAUGGACGAUUCUCUUCAGCACUUAGAGCAGCAGAAGAGACAUGUAUUAAUGAGUCUUCAGAUCAAUCAGACAGCUCAGCAGUCUUACUCGCCACAGCCACUGCAGUAUUACUCUCAGACUACUCUCAGCUUCCAGUAAGACUCCUGAUAGACUCAGGGUCUGAGCUGACAUUCAUCUCAUCAAGUGUGGUAAAGACUUGUCAUCUCCAACGUCGUCCAUCAGUGAUAUCAAUGCUGGGAAUUGGUAACGAACCAGCUACAACUCAAGAAAUCAACUGGUCAGCUCUCAACUCUCUUCAACUUGUUGAUCCAGACUACUCAACUCCAAGAUCCAUUGAUAUCUUAAUAGGAGCAGAUUGUUAUGGUCUGAUUGUGAAGGUGGGCAUCAAACAAUUUCCUCAGUCAUCUUUAAUAGCCCAAGAUUCAAUCUUUGGAUGGAUGCUCAUUGGAAUGCCACAACAGACAAGAUGCUCAACUACGAAAACUCAUCACGCAGCAAGGAAGAAGUUCCAGAUACUUCAGCCAGCCAACUCAGCCCAGACGAUCAAUCUUGUGAAUUGUGAAGAUCAUUAUGUUACGACUCAUUCAAGAGAUCAAGAUGGGAGAUAUAUUGUGAGAGUACCGCUAAAAGCAUCACCAUCUCUUCUAGGCAACUCAUCAGCAAGAGCUCAUCAGUGUUUACGACACAUGAUCAGACGACUCACAAAAAAUGACUCAUAUGCACAACUCUAUCACAACUUUAUGCAAGAAUAUGAGUCACUGAACCACAUGAAACGAGCCAAGGCAUGUCCAGUCAACUCUCCAGUGUAUUAUUUGCCUCAUGAUGGUGUCUUAAGAGAAGACAGUGUUACUACAAAGCUUCGGGUAGUAUUUAAUGGCUCUAGUCCAUCUUCUAGUGGUCUGUCAGUGAACGAUAUUCAACAUACUGGUGCCAAAGUCCAGAAAGACAUUGCAGACGUACUCAUUUGGAUCAGACAGCAUAAAUUUGUGUUUACAUCAGACAUCACAAAGAUGUACAGGCAAAUCAAAGUCCAUCAAGAUGAUUGGGAUCUCCAGAGAAUCCCAUAUCAACUCACAACAGUCACGUAUGGUACCAGAUCAGCUCCAUUUCUGGCUGUUCGCACAAUGAUCCAGCUAGUAAAGGAUGAGGGUCGAAAAUUCCCUCUAGCUGUUGAUCUACUAUUAAAAGGAAGAUAUGUGGACGAUAUUUUUGGAGGUGCUGACACAGUGAGUCAACUUAUAGACAUCUCAACUCAAGUCAGACAACUCUGCAUGGCAGGUGGCUUCCCGUUGGCGAAAUGGCACAGCAACUCAAUCCAAUUCCUUCAGUCAAUCACAGACAACUCAUCAGAAGAGCAGAUCCACUCAUUUGAGAGCUGUAAAACAAAAUUACUUGGGCUCUCGUGGAUUCCAGCGAACGACUCAUUUAAGUUCAACUCACAACCUCCUCGUGAGAAGUCCAAGCUCACGAAGAGAAUAAUUUUAUCAGAAACAGCACAACUCUACAAUCCACUUGGGUUUCUAGCACCUUUCAUUGUCAGAGCAAAGAUGUUGCUACAAGAAAUCUGGCUAGAUAAACUGUCAUGGGAUGACCAAGCCCCAGAUCACAUUAUCACCAAGUGGAACAGCUUCAGAACAGAACUCUCACACGUUUCAGACCUCUCAAUUCCACGAUGGUUUAAGAUUACUCAGAAAUCUACCGCGGAACUUCAUGGGUUUUCAGACGCCUCACAACUAGCUAUGGCAGCAGUUGUUUAUAUACGGGCUACUCAUCCAGAUCAUGGAACUUGUUCAACUAUAGUCUGCUCAAAGUCUAAGGUUGCUCCAUUGAAGAAGAUGUCUAUUCCUAGAUUAGAACUCACCGCAGCAUUGCUGCUGGCUAGACUAAUCACUUAUGUAAGGAACAACUUAGACAUUCAGCCAACCCAAACGGUAUGUUGGACAGACUCAGUAACAUUGACCUGGAUUCAGUCUCACUCAUCCCGUUGGAAAGAGUUUGUAAGAAAUAAAGUGUCAGCAAUUCAAGAUCUCACUCCAAUCAGCGUUUGGAGGUUUGUACCUGGCGAACAAAAUCCAGUGGAUUGUGCUUCUCGAGGUAUCAGCAUAUCCCAGCUUCGGAAGCACCCCCUGUGGUGGACAGGUUCACAGUGGUUAACAGCAGACGAAUCAUCAUGGCCAACUCAAUCAUCAGUGUACGAUUCAAAAGCUCAGCAAGAAGAGCGACCAGUGAUCACGUUAAAUACUCAGACAAUUCACCAUGAUUAUCAUUGGGAUAUGAUAUACAGACACUCUCGUCUAAUCAAAUUGCUCAGAGUGACUGCAAUUUGCUUCAGGUUCAGCCAACUCCUUAGACGAGUACCUCAGUCAUCUUUUACCUUUCCUCUCAUGCCACGAGAUUUAGAGAGAGCAAGGAUUUUUUGGAUAAAGGCAACUCAAGAAUCGUAUUUCUCACAGGAAAUCAAGCAGAACAACUCAAAUUCACUGCCCGUCUCACACCUCCUCUCACGAUUGACAGCAUUUAUUGACACUCAAGGAGUCAUACGUGUUGGAGGGAGGUCAGCAAAUGCUAGCUUGGACCAAGAAGCAAAGCAUCCUGCAAUCCUACCACAGAAAACUCAUCUUUCGAGACUAAUCGUUACAGAUGCUCAUGAAAGAACAUUGCACGGUGGGACGCAGGCAACUCUGAACCUCAUACGAUCAUCAUACUGGAUCAUCGGUGGACGACUCCCA